GGCUAAGAAAAUAUUCUCCAUCAAAACAGAGAAGCUUCCCCGACCGGAAGCGGCACUUCUAUCGAGAAAAAUCAAUAUUUUGCUUUUGGGAGAUCGAAAGGGGGGAAAUUUUAGCAUUUAUUGAUCCCCCCUUUCGCCCUCAAACUAGUAACAAAGGAUUUAUUUUGUUCGGGGUUCUGCAAGUUCGGAGAACAAAGAGAUGAUGUUGUGGCCUUGAACGGUAAGAUUUUUCCCCCAUCAAAGAUGGCCUCCAUUUGUACUGCUGGGCCUGUUGUGGAAUCAUCGUCAGUGUCAACCUCAGCUGCCUCAGCCGAAUUUGAAUAUUCCAAAACUGAGAUCCACACAAUUCACUUAGAACCUUCUCCCUCAAUCACAUGCGAAGGAUGCACGAAAGGUGCCAACUAUGAGGAGACGUUUCAGGGCCCACACAAAUGGAGACGAAUUCUUCGACAUGUUCCAUCUACAAAACGAGCAAAAAAAUUAGUUACGACAGAAUCAAGUGAACAGAGAAACCAAAACCCCCAAAAUUUCGACAGUGAUCAAGACAUGGCCACAGAAGAAGAAAACAAUAGAAGUAACCCAACCAAAGUUCCUUAUGACCAACACCUUGGGGUCGAGUCACCUGACAUACAUGGAGACCAAGACUCUACUACUGCCAUUCCUCCAUGGAGCAAAGAGUUCAUAGAAAAAUCAAACAGUAGAAGGAUGUACAAGCAACCAAAUAUUCAAACUACUCAAGGAUCACAGAUUCCUGUAACAGUGAGGCGGCGUGGAAGUUUGCACGGGUCUACAGAGUCUGCUUUUACACGCCAAGUUGUCAACUCAAAUAACUCUGUAGCUCGGAAAAAACUUUCACCAUCUAACUCAUUUCGACUAGCUGUCUCGAGUUCAAGUGCCCAUCCCGGUCGGAGAAUAACAGUUCAACAAAGUGCGCUCAGUGACGUUUCGACCAACAUAGACGUGACCAAAAAACGAAUUGAGCGUGUACAGAGAGCAAGGUUAUACUUGCUUCAGCAGACAGGGCCUAAUUCUUUCCUCAUAGGAGGGGAUUCCCCAGAUCACAAAUACAGAGUUAUAAUAGGUCCACAGACUUGCAGCUGCGGGCGUGGCCCACACUGCGUCCAUGUGUUGUUUGUGAUGCUGCGAGUCUUUCAAGUGGGGGAGAACGAUCCCUGUCUGUGGAGCAGAACACUCAAAAAUUAUGAAGUUGAAAGUUUAUUUCGUAUAUUCCAUGACAAGCGCAGCUCCCGUAUAACAAAACGAACAGCUUCUCAGCGCAGGAAAGAAAUUAUUAAAGAGGACUAUGGAGGGGAAGGGGAGCAAGUAGUGGACACACCAGAUAACAACAGACUUCCUUCAGAGAGUGACACGGGAAGUGUGAGAGAGGAAGAAGAGACUUGCCCAAUCUGCCUGUUGGAAAUGUUGGAGGGAGAGAGUUUAAUUUGUUGUGAAAAUGGCUGCCAUAAUCGACUGCACCAUCAUUGUAUAGCAAUAUGGUUUGAAGAAUGUAGGAGACAGAAUGACCCAUUGAACUGCCCACUUUGUCGUGCCCAAUGGAAAUCAGCCACAGUUGAAAUCAAAAGCACACAGAGUGGCAGUACCACUGAAGGACCUGAUGUGCCACCCAACACACGAGCCUCGUCACCACACCAUAACGAGGAAGACAGUUCCAGGCUGCCACAUGCUGAACCCAUUCCUGCUGAGCUGGAGCAGACGGCAGCCCCAUGGGUUGAGGCUCUAGGGUCAGAUCUGGUCUCAUGUCUUCUGUCCCGCAACUGGUCAAUCAGAGAGGUUGGCCUGAAGCAUCUGAGCAAGGAGGUCGUGGCCACCUUGUUGAAGGGCACAGGAGAGGGCAGGUCAGGGGUCAUAGUGUCACCAGUCAGACGAGCAGCUACCCACAACAUGCUACAAACAGCCUGCAACAUCUUGGCUUAUACGUGUGCAGACCCGGUGUACAGAGUUUUUGUGGCCUCGCUGAGGGCUAUUAGAACUUUGCUAUCUUACACACCAUGCCGAGAUGCUGAACAGAGGAACAGAUUACAACUUGUCCUCAAGCCUAUAGUAGAGGCUAUAAUAUUAAAGUGUACAGAUGGAAACAGGCGAACAAGUCAGUUGUCGUUGUCUACCUUGGUGGAGCUGGUCAAAGGUCAGGAGGGAGAACUUGCUGUUGGCAGGGAGAUAAUCAACCCAGGCAAUGAAGGACUAGAUGGCCUGAACUAUGUGCUGAAGUGUGUGACAGAGGACUAUGACAUUGAGACUGUGCCGUGGCAGUGGUUGCUGGGGAGGCUCUAUGUUAUUGACAGACUGCUGGAGGAGUUCCCUACUGACUUUCUACCUCGCCCAGAGGAGAGUGUGGAUGGGUCUGGAGCUGCUGAAGCCUAUGAUGAGAUGGAUGGAGCAGCUGCCAGCUCUGCUGAGACCAGACUAACAAGUGAAUCUUGUGAAGUCGGGGCGUCAAACUAUGCCCGGCUCAUGUCAGUGGCUCACUUCUCCGUCAAGGCGGUGUGCAGCACCCACAUGAGGAUAGCCCGCAUGUCUCGAAGGGUUUUUCUCCUCUCCGCCAAGCUGGGCGCCCACGUACAGAAGGUUAUCUCUGAAUUAAAGGGCCUUCUGGCACAAAUUGAUUCCACCUCAGUAGCUUCACUACGACGGAAACUGGAUCGCAUUGUUGAAGAUUUUCAGCUGUCUGAGAGGAUAGUCCAUGAGCUGAUGCACGGCUCAGGUAAACACAACAAGCUGGACUCCCCCUGUCACACGCCAGCUGAGUCACCCAGCUCCACGCCACGCUGUAACUCACCUGUCUUUGAUGCACCCGGUGAGCCCAGCACAGUGUCCAUGCUGGGUAAUGUCCCCAACGUGCCCCCCAACACCCCCACCCUGCGCAACAAGAGGAAGCUGCGCAGAGCUAUACCACGCAGAAGCUUUCGUGAAUCCAAUAAUCCCCCCGCUCCUCCCCCCACCUCAGAAAACUCACCUGAAAAGCCAGCAUCUGAGCGCUUAAAGGAGAACCUGGUCCCUGAUUCUCACUGCAUCUUACCUGGUGAUGGCCAUGCCUCAGGUGUUGGAAGGCUGGGUAGUUCUAGUCCCCCAAACAGAAGGAAAUCCAACCUCCCGCGGAGAAGGAGGACAAUUGAAGGUGAAACUGUCUCUAAAAUCAAAAGAGGAGGCUCGUCAAGUCCAACUAUUCGCCGGCGGACUGUUGACGGUUGUACGUACUCCUCUGUGUCCUCCCAGUCAGCCCCCCCACCCAUGUCUCGGGUCAUGACCCGGACCCCACCUAUUCUCCCCCCUGUUGUACCUGUGAUAUCUGUGACAGACAUGUCUCAAGGGACCGGUAUCUUCAACCCUGUGGCCCUGUCAGAUCUGGAUGAGAAUGGCAAAGAUUCCAAUGAAGAGACAGACAGCGGUGGCAAAACUCUGGACCUGUACCAAACUCUCCAGGCUUCCACCUCACGCGUGUCUGACCACGUCACCUUCUGCGGCCCUGAUGAAGGUACCCAUCAGACGUGCACCCCGGUCAGCAAGCUGGCAGGUUCCACCUGCUGCUGCCAGUGUCGCUGUCAUGAGUCAGUGACAGGUGAGACUGAAGAGACGUCGUCCCCCAAGUCUGGGGCAGCGGGUGUCCCCAACUCACCAGACAGUCACUACCACACGGCUGAGCACGAGUCCAUGAGCAGCGACGACUUCCUCGACUUCUCCCAGAACACCCAGACUGACAGCGAGAAGCCUGUCUCAUUCAAAUCUGAGGUUGCUGAGUCUCCAAAGUCUUCACCCAGUCAUUCCGUCCACAGUGCAGGUUCCAAAAGUGAAGACUGCGGUAAAAACUGCAAGGAGGAGGUGGAGAGGGAGGAGGCCGAAGCUUUGGCUAAAGCCUUGGACGUGUCUGAGAGACAGGACCCAUGUCCAGUGGUCCCUGGUCUUACACCCACUGCCAGGGAGGAGGUCAUCACCAUCCGCAUACAGCCUGACAGUCAAUGUGAUGAGCAAGAUGGUGAGUGGAGGCAACCUACCAUGUACCUGGAGAAAGUUCACUGGGUCAAGGGUCCACUGCUGGGUACUGGUGCGUACAGUUCAUGCUACCAGGCCAGGGAUGUCAGGACCGGGGUCAUCAUGGCUGUCAAGCAGAUUUCAUUUUGUCGCAACUCAGCCCAGGAACAAGAGAAGGUGAUAGAGGCCAUCAGCGAGGAGAUUCACAUGAUGGCCCGACUUAGUCACCCAAACAUUGUCCGUAUUUUAGGGGCCACCAAGCAGGGAUGUCAUUUCAAUAUGUUUGUUGAGUGGAUGCCUGGAGGUUCUGUGGCUUACCUGCUUGGUGAAUACGGAGCUUUUACAGAAAAUGUCAUUGUGAACUAUACCAGACAGAUCUUGCGAGGCCUGGCAUACUUACAUGACAACCACAUUCUACAUAGAGAUCUUAAAGGGGCCAAUCUUCUGAUAGACAGCACUGGUCAGACACUUCGUAUUGGAGAUUUCGGGGCUUCUGCCCGCUUGGCCUCCCAAGCCACAGGUGCUGGUGAAUUUCAAGGACAACUGCUUGGAACCAUCGCUUUCAUGGCACCAGAGGUGCUGCGAGGUGAGAGUUACGGUCGAGCUUGUGACAUCUGGAGUGUUGGCUGUGUCAUGAUUGAAAUGUCCACGACCAAACCACCAUGGAACGCUACAGACAUCUCUAAUCAUCUGGCACUCAUUUUCAAGAUUGCCUCAUCUGUUGAUUCUCCGCCCAUUCCUGAAAAUCUUCCGCCACCCGUAAGAGACUUAAUGUUGCGAUGUCUGGAGCAGAACUCAGAGGACAGGCCGUCAGCUAAAGACCUGCUGCUCCAUCCUCUCUUCACCCAGUGUUUCACCAACACCAGUCACAGCUUCAAUGGCAGUAAACUAGGUCAGACCAGAUAACCUAAGACAUGAUGUCUUCUAUUUUGUUGAUCCACCAAAGUGUGUCUGACGAGGCAAUUGACUGGUGUACGAGACAAACCUGGUGCAAGAUUGUCCUGGUGACACAAGCUCUACACGUAUUGCUACACAACUAGUCUACACGUAUUGUGUGUAGAAUUAAAGCUGUCAUGUAGAUUUUUUUUUUAGUAAAGCUAAGAAAUUUAAUUGUUUCUUCUAUUGAAGAAUUAAAAAACUAUUUUUAACAAAUAGUUCACAGCAUAUAUAGGUUUCCAUGGUAGCAAAUGGCAAAAAAUGGCAGCUGGCUAGCUUCCUGUACUGUAAAUGUUGAUAGUUAUUUCAAUUUUUCUAGGUAACUUUAUAAGAAAGAUGAAUUUUUACAAUAUAUAUAUAUAUAUACAUUAGGUUAUGUUCUCUACAAAGUGGUAUUUUUGUAAUGCUUUAAAUUUUAACAGGGUUAAAAUGUUAUUUACAUCAUGUUAUGAGAUCCCCAUGAGUGGCACCGUCUAAAACUGCUAAAGUGCCUUCUUUACGUCACAAACUCGUUGCUUGUUGCUUCAAAUGGUGCCAUUUAUUUAUGUCAAGGAGCAAUAUCUUGGUAACAAGCUGAGCUAGAAAUUAUACUUACACCCAUUUUCUCAUGUUUUGAGCCAGUUUUUAUUCUUACAUUUUAUACUGUUGGGUUUUUAAAAAAAAAAAAACCUGCCCAUAUUUAUGUUAUUUUUUUUAUACGCAUCCAAUCCCAUCAAUACUUCCGUAGGCCUGGACUUGUGGAUGAAUGGUCUAGCCCUCUGUUUGACCUGUGUUUGACCAGACUGCUGGUCUCAUGUCAGAUAUCUUCUGCUGCCAAUGUUGCUCUAGUUGAUGGCAGCGCCACAUUCCAUGUCCCUCCCCAAGUAUUGUUCAUUCAUUUCUUUAUUGUACCCCAUACUUGUGUACACUGUGAUACUGUGUACGUCUUACGCAGGUUGUGUGUACAUGUUCUAAAAGAUGUAUUCAUCUUCUGAAAGUCUGGGACCAACAGAAUGACUGCAUCUCUCUCUACAACAAGUAAAAUACACUGUACAAUAUGUGGCCACAAUAAGCGCUAUGUACAAUGCGGCCAAGCCACACUAUGCGCUGGAAGGCUGACUGUACAAUGUGGCCAAGCCACACUUUGAGCUGUGUACGAUGUGGCCACACUAUGCGUUGUAAGGCUGACUGGAACUAAAGAAUAGUCCAACAUGGCAGGCCCAGGAUACAGACAUGCCUGUUGUAUUUCUUCUAGUUCCAGCCACAAAACUUUCUGUGCUGGGGUUUCUAAUAAAUACCAAUUGUUCUCACCUCUUGUCUGAUGUACUCACUGUACAUGCAGGCACAUCUUAAGCAGGCAUUCAAUGUGCCUGAUGUACUCACUGUACAUGCAGGCACAUCUUAAGCAGGCAUUCAAUGAGUGGCCAGGUCCUACCUGUGGCCACACAGACCAGGUAUUUGAAUUUACCUGUCUAGUUGAGAACCCGGUAUUAACAUGUGAUGGUCUUACUGUAGACACCUAUUGUAAAGAUCUUUCCACAACAGCAGGACUAGGGGAUAAACUUUUAUUAGCUAUUUAUAGAAACUUCAGCAUGAGCUGACAGGUUGUGAUUUUCGCUUUAGAUCUUCCAAUGUUAAAAGAAAUUCUUUGUAAAAUUUGAAUUGUAAAGUUUAUGUAUAUAAUGUAGAAUAUUGAGCACUAUUACUGUAUCACAUUUCCUGAAGAAAAAACUAAAAAAACAGUUAUUACUUCUUAAUAGAUGAUUAAACUCCCAUCAAUUGUUGGCCAAAUGAUCCUGUAAUGUUGCACAAAUACCACCAAGUAGCAAGAGAUCAAAAUGUUUUGUUAGCAGCCUCCGUCCAAACAGCUGACACCAGUCAGCAACAACAAAAUUUGUGUUCAAACUUCGAUGCAAUCUUUCACUGCUGUUAACUCUUUUUGAAACUAUUUACUAGCAGUUUUACUUGUGUUGCAGACAGCCAUGUUUGUAUCUGGCAACUUCCUGUCUGCACCACCUCAUUGUUUCCUGUUCCGUCUUCCUAGUCAUCUAUGCAAACCACAAGUGUGUACAUACAGAAACUACACAUUCCAACUUACUCUGGACCUCUAAAGGUUCAAUUAUGAAAUCAGGACGCCUGAUUUUUAAAAACUUGAGGCACAUUUUUGCCCCUCAUUUGAACUUGAAAACUAAAAUGGAAAAGUCGUUGAUCCAUGGUGACAAACCAAUAUUUGAAAGUAACCAAUGGGAGCAGACUUGUCUGCUAUCACUGCUGUACAAAGUGUGUGGUUUGACCUUUUGAUUUUUAGUCUUUAGAUCUCAGAUUUUUGUUCAAGGCCACCUCUCUAGAUUCCCACCAUUAGCUCCCACAUACCCCCCUCGUUUGCUGUAAAUUUAAAAACAUAUCACCAUUUCAUGACUAACCUUUAGUUUUUUCACCUAGAAAUUUUUAUUUAUAAAAUAAAAUCAUUUGUUUAAGAA